UUGAUUUCAACGAAAGAAAAGUACAGCCGACAUUUAACCACCAUCGAUGUUAAGUGAUGAAGCAUAUUUUCUUAUUUGUUCAUAUGAAAUAUAACUUAACACUAUUAUAAUAGAUACAAACCUCGGAGACGUACUUUUCGCUUCCUGUUCCCGCUGUUUCAAUGAUAUAUAUUAAGGUGCGAUUCUAGAUUCUUUCACUUCGCUACCAAACUAUCAACUGUGAGAGUAUAAUUGUCACUACAAAAGGCAAAGCAAAUACGUGUAUGUCUUUUUGAAAAUGACGGAUGAUAGUGAACUUACCGGUUACAACAUGACGAGAGAACCACCACCCUGGAUAAAUUGCUCAAUAUAUGUCUUUGAAACAAUCUUUUUGAAUUACAAGGUUCUUCAUAAUAUUGGUAUUAUUGAUUCUUACGCGAAGUAUUUGUUCGCCAUUAUCCUGAUUGUGUUAUUUCUAACUGGAUGUACUGGCAAUAUCCUUGUUAUUACAUUGAUUCAUCGAUGCAGACACUUACGAGGUGCACCUGCCAUGUUGUUAGCAAACCUUUCAGUAGCCGACCUGUUAGUUUGCAUUGUUUACUUUCCAUUUUAUCUAUACAUUUUUUUGGCGUCAAGAAUUUGUAUCCAUAAUUCGGAAUUUGUGAUGAUUAAUGUUCUUCAGUUCAUUGAAUUCCUAUCACCACUAUGUUCAGUUUUGACGCUUAUAGCUAUUAAUAUUGAGAGAUAUUACGUUGUGAAAUUCCCGCUGAGAGUCCGCACUGUUAUCACGUUCAGAAGAAAAUUGUUAGUAAUCGCAAGUAUUUGGCUGAUUUCAAUCCUGUGCUCAUGUAAUAUUUUUAUAAAAAUAAAAGAAUAUAUUAGUAUUCAUGAUGGAGUUGGUAGAAGUGCUUACACUAGGAACUGGUGGAUUCCCAUUACACAAAUAUAUAUUCCUGCAGUCAUCCUGAUAGCAUCUUGUGUGGUUACAACUACAACCCUCUGCAAAAGAAUACACUGUAGUAGUGUGCAUGGAGUCAUCACAAGUUCUAACAUAUCCCCAUCUUCAGGCAAUUCUCUAAUAAUUACAAAGAAGGCUAUCAAAACAGUAAUCAUCGUGACCGUGGUUUUCUUGUGCAUGACGUUACCGAACGCUGUUGCUCGUUAUUUUCUUACAAAAACGUUUCUCAAGGUUCCUCAGUAUCCCUUAAUAGAGCUAAUAACUAAUAUACUUAGGCUAUCUAACAGUUGUAUUAAUCCAUUCAUAUACGCUUUGGUGUCCAGAAGUUUUCGGUUGGCUGUAAAAUUAACAUUUUGCAAAAGAACAGCUCAACAAAAUAGAAGUUAGGGAAGCCAUGGAUGCAUUAGAUAAGCGCAAUGAUGCCUUCUAUUAACUAUUAUUUUAUUGUAUAAUAACGCCAGAUGUUCCGACAUUUGGAUUUGCUAAAAUAUAAUUGAACAUAAACCAGAUUAUCCACUAAUUAGUCAUAAAUAAAACAAAAAGACAGUAACUCCGAAAGAGACAAAGACAUUUUGAGAUGAACGUUUCGAUAUUUUUGAUCAUUUCAAGAAUACUGAUGAGACAUUGUUAAAUAAUCUUCGAUUGUUCAUUGUUUGUUCAUGACAAUAAUAGUUAAUGUAAGACACAACUCAUUUUUAAUUACCUCGUUUUAAUUGGCUAGAUUCAAUUUUGAUUUUAACCUUAUUG